CAAAAUAGCAGCCUCACACAGCCUCAUAACAAUGGUCGCGUUCUCCGGCAAAGGCCGCCCCUUGCGGCGCACCCCGCUCUCCCGGAUGGCUGUGUCGGCAGUUCCGGCCGCCGCGCUGCUGCUGGUGGCGCUGCUGGCUGCCUGCCGCCCCGCCGCCGUGCGUGGCAGUGACCUGCGCCUGCGCGGCGGCAGCUCGCUGGUCAGCCAGCCGGCCACGUGUGUGCCGGGCCCGGCGGAGGCGGCGGCGCAGGCGGCGGCGCUGUUCGCGGCGGCCCUGAACGGCACAGGCGAGAGCGAGCGGGCCGAGUACGUGCAGGCCUAUCUGUGCCCUGAUGGCGUGUCGCUGUGCAACCCCCUGUCCGUUCUGGAGGGCUUUGCCACCAUUGAGGCCAACAACUCGCACCUGCUGGUCUCACCCGGGGGCGGCGGUGGCGAGGGUGGCGGCGGCAGCGAGUAUGACGGCGGCAACUCCACUGCUGGCACGGGCGCUGCCGGCAGCACUACUGGCAGCACGCCUGGCGCCCUCACUCUGCAGUCCAUGGACCUCACCCUGGUGCAGAACAACACGCUCCACUUCAUGGGUCCGGGCAAUGUGACUCUGGACCGGUCCACCAUGUCACUGGGCUCCUACAACUGGCUGUACCUGACCAACAGCAGCUCCCUGACCCUCAACGGCUCCCGCCUCAACUUCUCGUCCUACUUCGCGCUUGCGGCCCAGGACUCCUCGCUGACCCUGUCCGACUCCAUUGCCGAGUUCUCCGACACGCCCGUGUUCACAAACAACUCCAUCAUCAGCCUCAGCAACAGUACCUGGUAUGCGCACUCCACUGGCGCUCCCGCCCCCCCGCUGUACGAGGGCAAGGUGGCGCCCGUGACCUGGCUCAACAACACCGACCUGGCAGCCACAGGCAGCCUGCUGGUGUUCACCAACGUGCCGCUGGUGCUGCUGACGCAAGGCAGCCUGCUGCUGGUCAACUCCUCGCUGCAGCUGGUCAACAGCAGCAUGGAGCUGUGGGGCAGCCCCCUGGGACUGCUCAACAGCCGCAUACAGCUGGACGAGGCCUCCAGCUUCGGGCUGUUCUGCAAUUCCACAGUGGUGGGCGAGGGCGUGGUGGCGGCGGCAUCGUACGGCAGCGGCGGCGGCAACACCACCGCCAGCGGUGCGCCACCCACCGCCCCCGCCCCCGGCAGCCAGCUGGGUGUCAGUGACUCGGCGCUGGCCGCCCAGGACUACACCGACAUCUACCUCACACCCUGAGAGCGGAGGACAGGAAUUGGGUGGGGCGGCCCAGCAGCAGAAGCAGCAGCAGCAGCAGCCCGAAACACAAAGUGAUAGAUGCACUUGCGCGGUUGUCAUGUGCAGCAUGUGCAGCAUGGCGGUGCGGUUGCUUGGUUGUGUGUGCCCAUGACUCAUGAGCAUGUGGGUGGGGGGCCGUAACGCGCGAGUGGCCACAGACUCCACAGGAGGUGUAUGCUCAAGUAGGGUGGUUGUGACUAGCGCAUGAAGAUGCAGCUGCAUGCUAUGGGCGUGUUGUGUUGAACCACUGAUGAUUAUGAUUUCGGUCUGGCGCAUCGCUUGCCCACCUUCCGGAUACCAAGUUGAUCUUCGGCCUGCAUGCAAAGCAUUGUGCCCUGUGGCACCGGCAAAACAGUCUGCUGUAGUGGUGCACAACGGAAACGGUGGAUGGGCCUCCUACAUCCGCCUGUAAGGCAGAGCUGAACCUGUAAGGCAGAGCUGAA